GACAACUUUUUCUUAAACCAUACUCUCCUGUCGAAAUAUGUACCUAGAAAUUUAUUUUGUGUACUCUAGAAUCUGUCUAAUGAUUGCAUAGCAAGAUUUCAUUUUUAAGAUUUAAUCCGGCUGUAAGAAAUGAAAUUUGUGAAGGAAUUAUACUGAAUAACACAUCCUCACAAUUUUAAACCAUCAAGGAACGGUGUACAGUGGGUCUAAAUGAUACGCGAAUUCUACGAGAGUUCCGACGAUGAUGACAUGGACAGUCAGUACCAGGUGGAUCCGGAGUGUCUCGUCCUCACCCGACCGGACAAGGACAUGCACAACCGCUGCUGCGGGGGCAAAGCUUGGUGCAUAAAGGACAUAUGCGGCAUAAUAUGCGCGGUGCUGACAUGGUUGCUGAUCUUCUACGCGGAAUUCGUGGUGAUGAUGGUGAUGCUAGUCCCCGGAGUGUCCACGUACCCUAUAUACAGCUGGGUCAACAUACUCAUAUUCCAGUGCCUCGCAUUCCUAGCGUUCGCGUCGCAUCUACGGACUAUGUUCACAGAUCCGGGAGCGGUGCCAAAAGGUAACGCGACGAAGGAGAUGAUAAAGCAGAUGAGUUUCCGCGAGGGGCAGGUGAUAUUCAAGUGCACAAAGUGCUGUAGCAUCAAGCCGGAAAGAGCACAUCACUGCUCCGUCUGCCAGCGAUGUAUUCGCAAGAUGGACCAUCACUGCCCCUGGGUGAACAACUGCGUGGGAGAAAACAAUCAGAAAUACUUCGUGCUGUUCACGUUCUACAUAGCGGCCAUAUCGAUCCACUCGCUGACGCUAUCUGUGUACCAGUUCAUCACCUGUAUCAAGCACGAGUGGCGCGACUGUACGACGUACUCGCCGCCCGCCACUGUCGUGCUGCUGCUCUUCCUCAUCGCUGAAGCGCUGCUGUUCGCUAUAUUCACCGCUGUCAUGCUGGGCACGCAGCUGCACGCUAUAUGGAACGACGAGACGGGUAUCGAGCAACUCAAGAAGGAGCAAGCGAGGUGGGUGCGGAAAUCCCGGUGGAAGAGCAUCCAGUCGGUUUUCGGUAGAUUCUCAAUUCUCUGGUUCUCUCCCUUCACGCAGCCUUCUCCGAAGACGAAGCUAGAGAGCUACCUGUACAGUGUUUAAGCGGUAUUCCUUGUAAGGUGAUAAGGCUAAAUAUACGAUCCUUGCCCAAAGCGGCCGCGACAAAGAUCUAAUAAAAUGCCACUUUAUGGUACCUAGACCAGAGGUACUCGACC